AGAUCGAAUGUAAAGAUCACUUUGACUAUGUGAUAGCCUCCCGAAAGGGAUAUUGUUUUUUUAACCCGGUAGGCAAACCACCAAAAUCAGUGGGUAAAUGUAGAGAAACAUUUACCAGAACUUUAUUAAAAUAGCACGGAACAGAAAGAGAGGAGGGUAUACCAAAACCUCACAAAGGAAGCAUACCUCCUAAAAAACACAAUUAAAACAAUUGGGGGACUAGGUCUGACCCAAUUAAAAAUACAAUUAAUGAGAAAAUAUAAGAGAAGACAACCCGAAUAAGUCCAUCAAAUAGGCAUUCUUAGCUUGAGCCGGAAGAUACUGAGCCUGAGAAUAAUCAAUCUGAUGACCCGUCUGCUGGUUUGCCAGGAAGUGGGCAACCUAAUUCGUUUCACGGCAUGUAUUCGAAAUGAAACUCCUCUUCCUUCAGACAAAAAAAACAUGGGAGAUUUCCCAAAACAGGAGUAAAUGGAGUUUGGAAUUCCAAAAUAGGACUACUAUGUUUUUAUUCCCGAAAUAAGGGUAACAUGACAGUGUUUACUGUCAUCUUGUAGGCGUGACUGUCAAAUAGUUACAGUACAUGCAUUUAACAUGACAUUAUUAUUUAUAAUUAAUGUCAAUAUUUUUAAUUAUUACAGUAUUUUUUAUACAUGGAAGUAACGGCUCUUAUUUCGGGAAGAAAAACAUAUUAGUCCUAUUUUGGAAUUUAAAACCUCAUUUACUCCUAUUUUUUGUAAUUCCCAAACAACAUCUUCUUAACCUCACUACACCAUCUACCUGAGCCGCCAUCCUUGAUACUACCUCCGUUCCCAUUUUAACUUCCAAAUGGGUUUGACACAAAGUUUAAGAUAGUGGAUAUUGUGUGAUGGAGAGUUGUGCAGAGGAGAGAGAAAUGUGUAAGAAAUGUUGUGAACCACAAAUUCUUUAUCAAAAAGGGAAAAUGGAAGUUUUAAUUGGAACGAACGAAAAAGAAAAGUUGAAAGUUUAUUUAGGAACGGAGGGAGUAUAUUUCAAUGCAUCUGUCGAAUCCAUCUCUACCUCGAAAUUAGAAAAUCCUUCACUGAGAACCCAGGUUGUAGCUCGAAUCACCGCUUUAAGAUCGGCUUCCAGAGGAGAAAAAGCAUCAAAUCGGGAACGAUUUAGCCAUAAUCAUCUGGCCCUCUGAGUUCCCGUACAAUCGCUCCCCCAAUCUCAGAUUGAGGUAAGAAACUUGCAUCAGUAUUCAAUUUGUAUGGUUUGUCGGUUUCUUCCAUCUGAUAGCAAAAACAUAGGACCUGGCUAAUCUAAAAUAAUUUGGUAUGAGCUUUUCCUCGUAAAGCAUUUCACCCACUUUGAGUAUUUUACCCGUAGGAUAAACCGUAACCCAUGAUUGAGUGUAAGAUUUAAUCUGAGUAAUCAAGUUGUCUGCUUCAAGCCACCAUGUAAUGAGGAUAUAUCUUAUUGAAACAUGAUGAAAUAGAAAGGGAACUCCAAAAGUUCUCAUAAAGUAAACUAAACCCAUACUGGUUUAACCUUCACACAAUUAAGAAAGAUGUGGUCCACAGAAUUUGCAUGUGCUCUACAUAUAGGACGAAUGGAUGGGUUUAACACAGUUUGGAAUUUGUUUAAAUUCUCUGCAAUAGGUAGAAUGCUGAAUGCCCUUUAGUAAUUUCCACUAAAAUAACUUAAUUGUAAGAGGUAACUUGGACUGCCAAGCAUGACUAAAAGAAAAGAUGGUAGCUAGUUCUUCUCUUACUGCCUCAUAUAUUGAUUUGAAAGAAAAUCUUCCAUCAACUUCAGGAUCCCAAAAUAUACUCUAUGUUGUAGGGAGAAUUGUGCAUAUAUGUUGGAACAUAAUGUUUUGUUGAUGACAAAUAACUAGUGUUACUUCUGGUCUAUAAGUGAUUGCAUGAAAGGAAGUUAAGUCAUGCUCUGGAACAAGCCGUAGAACUGAACGCAGAACUAUCCUACAGUCCAAAACAGACGUAUAUGUUUUAUUAAUGACUAACCAUGCAGAUAGACCAGCCGAUAGACCAGCGGAGUUCUAUCAGGAACGGAAAUCAGACCUAUACUUAGUUCUGUUCUUAGUGAAUAAUUAACGUGCAUAAUGAUUAAAUGGAUUAAUAUGUGAUUGCAUAAUAAGGAUGUUUUUACUUGGACUGUAAUUUGCUGGUCUGGUCUGGUCUGGUCUGGUUUCUUUGUAUUUUUAUAACUAUCCAAGUCUGGUCUGGUCUUGUCUGGUCUGGUCUGGUCUGGGAGGAAUUACAGUCCAAGUAAAAACAUCCUAAUUCCUUAUUUACUUACGUACCUAGAUUGAUAUGCAUGAAAGUGGCACAAUUUAAAUAUCUUUUCAUAAAUCAUUGACACCCACUUUAGUAAUUGUUCCUUUAACUUUAUAGAAAGUAAUUAUGCCUUUUACUUUAUAGAAAGUAUCUUUGGCUUGCUAAAUCAAGGAUUGCAUUACUCAUGUUUUAGUUAACCGUAGCAUGCUUAUAAUUAUUGUCAAAUAUUCUUUUCCUUUAUGGUUUGAAAAGUUAUCUUUGAUGUAAGAUAUUAAAUCGACUAUUUAAAGAAUCUUGACUUGCUAGUAAUAUUUGGAUCGUUGCAUGCUUAUAUUUGACAAGCCAAUAUACUACUUCCUUCUAUAUAAUAUUAUGCUAUCUUGUCAUCUUAAUUUGAUUGUCAUUUUAAUAAAAGUUGACUGUAGCUUUUCUAAUGAGAUAUUAAAGUAGCUUGACUUGAAAAUGAUUGCAUAAAUAUUUUAUUGCUACACAUGUUAAGUAAAUCAAUAUUAUUUCCUUAUAUGAUGAUUCGUGAAUCAUGAGUCAAUUUACUCAUAUUUGAGAACGAAUAUGAGAGAGCUACUAGAAGGAAAGUAAUUCAAAUCAUAUCAAGGCAAGUUCCAAGUAUGGAAGCUCAAUUACUCAAGGAAAGAGACACCAACGCACAAAUCAAAGUGGCUUAUAUAUUCGAGAAUCAAGAGGAAGAAGUGGGUGCUUGAUAGAGUGAUCAAAAAGGAGAAAGACUUACGAAGAGAUAUCAAGUCCAAGGCACCUGAACCUACGCACGAAGUUCUGGAUAGAGUUUCUUUUCCCUUCUUUAUCUUGUAACUUGGUUUUCGAGGAAAAGCUAAGUGUAGCUUCCUCGGUUUGGGAUCGUGUGUGUGAGAGCUUUGCUGUAAAGAUGAGAGGCUCUCUACCCACAAGGUAGAGAAACAUAACUCUUCCUAGAGAGGAUAGAGUUGGGGUGGCUCAAGGGUAGAUCAGGAGAAUUUACCUUGUAACCACAUAUUGGCUAUUUAGUGAAGUUGUUCAAAUUCCUCCGAGGGAGGUCGAGGUUUUUUAAUCCCUGU